GGAAGUGAAAACUCGAGUCUCAUAUGGAGGACAAACCGAAAUGGAUCUGCUGCAGUAAAUAUCAUGUGUAUUUGACAAGAUAAACGAAUCGUUUUUGCUCGUUACACUUGUGUAUAAACGGCCCUUCAAUGCAACUCAAGCGCGCCAGGCUGACGUAGGCACGGCCAGGAGCGCGCACAGCAGCCCGUCAUUGCGCGUUCUCUCUAUCGCUGGAAGCGGAGCGCUGAUGCUGCUGAUCAGAGGACACGGAGGAGGUACACGAGCAUCACCGGGAACCGACAGAAAUCAUCGGUAACAUGCGUCAGGACGGAUCCAUGCAGAUGGCUGCGCCACAGAAGGACGGAUCUGAUCAAAACUUUGAUUAUAUGUUUAAACUGCUGAUCAUUGGUAACAGCAGUGUUGGAAAGACUUCAUUUCUCUUCCGCUAUGCUGACGACUCCUUCACAUCAGCGUUUGUUAGUACAGUGGGCAUCGAUUUCAAAGUCAAAACUGUCUACAAGAACGACAAGAGGAUCAAACUGCAGAUUUGGGACACGGCCGGACAGGAGCGCUACAGGACCAUCACUACGGCUUACUAUCGUGGAGCCAUGGGCUUCAUCCUCAUGUAUGACAUCACCAAUGAGGAAUCGUUCGGAGCGGUGCAGGACUGGUCGACCCAGAUAAAGACGUACUCCUGGGACAACGCACAGGUCGUCCUGGCGGGAAAUAAAUGUGACAUGGAGGAGGAGAGAGUCGUGUCUGUAGAUAACGGCAGACUGCUGGCAGAACGGUUGGGUUUUGAGUUUUUUGAGACGAGCGCCAAAGACAACAUCAACGUGAAGCAGACCUUCGAGCGGCUGGUGGACAUCAUCUGCGACAAGAUGUCAGAUAGCUUAGAGACUGACCCGGCUGUUACCACAGGAACCCAAGGAACGGCCCGGUUAACAGACAACCCACCUCCAAUACAGCAACCUAACUGUGCCUGUUAGUGCUCGGCUUACAACAGGGUAGCAUAAGUGUGUGUGUGAUACCUUUAUACAGAAGAGUAUAUCCUUUAAUGUCAUAGAUCAAUGGUGCUGGAACAACAGGAAUUGGAUUGGUGCACAUUACAUGCCCAAUGGGAACAGAGUUCUUGUUAAAAAAAGUCGGACUCGCAUGAUUAACUUUAGUGAUCAAAAACAACAAUACAGGUUUAAAGGGACUAAACCCAGGGGUCUGGAGGUGUAAACUUUAACCAGGUUUGUUCCAGCAUCUUUGCACUAGACUCACGUCCGUCUGUCUGUCUGUAUGCUACCUACUGUAGUAUUUAAAAGUUUAAUGGCCUUGCAGAUGCACUGUCAUGUUAUAUAGUAAGAAUUACAUGCAUGUGACGGAUGUUUACAAACUGAUCAUUUUGAGCUACCUACAGACAGUACAAGCUGAAUUUAUCCUUAUGUAAGCUCCGCCCAUUGACAUUUAAGCCCCGCCCACCCCAUAGAAAUAAUGUUGAGAUUAUAGAAGUGGGAUUAUUAGGAGGAUUUUAAGGUUGUUAUCGAGACAGAAGGAACCUCAAUAGCAAAACUACACAACUUUUGUAGUUCAGGAAUUCUUGCCAUAUAAACAUUUAGCAUUUGGGACGUUGUCUUGUUCUUUCAGCGCCUGUAAUAUUUAAUGUGUGUGUGUGUGUGUGAGAGAGAGAGAGAGAGAGAGAAAUAGUAGUAUAGAUUAAUAAAUAUUAUGUAACCCAUCUGGAUAUAAUGCUAUAUCUAGUGUACAGAUAUUUGUAUAUACAUAUAUAUGUGGAUUUGAAGUAGCUGUUAAAUACAGAGGGAGUGUUUUUAAAAAAAAUUAUUGUAAAUGAAUUCACACUGAAGUUUAUGUGCGUGUCUGAAAAUAAAAUCUUAUAGGUGAAGUUUUAUUUUCCCAAACCGUUGGUCCUUUAUCUGAUGGCUAUAAAGUCCUGGAUUUAUCUCUGAUCUCAUUUUAUGCUCUUUGUCAGAUUCGUUGAUUUUAGAUGAUCUUAGAAAGCUUUAGUCGCCUUGUAAAACCAUCCAGUAAUAGCCAAGAAAAUGUGCCGGGUGUUUGAAAACGUGAGUUGGUCAUCAAUCAGUAUUUAAUCCGACAGUGACUGCAAUUUUAAUCACAGCAAAUCAAUCACUACCGUAAACAAGAACCCUUCUAGAGAGAUCAUUUCUCUCAUCAUUUAACUCCAAAAUCAAUAUAAAAAAAGUAUUUUGCAUAAAGAAAAUGAAGACUUUUUAAGGACCAUUAACUCUUUACCCGCCAAUGCCGAGUUUUUACAGCAAUCCAUAUUUCUGCUAUUAUCCACUCGCUCUGAAUCUGAUCUCUAACAAAAGUCCUUUACAAAAAUGCUCAUAUUUUUAAAGAAACCCACCUAUAUGGGACAUCACCUGGUAAAAUAAAGGGUAAAUAAAUAAAAUCAAAAAUAUUUGAGAGGUGAAUAAAAGAGAAAAGAUAGGAUGAAACGUAGUUUUUUUUUUCAUUUGAUUUAUUGGAUGUUUAUAUAUUUAAAGUAGAAAAAUUUCUGGAAAGCAUUAAACUUUAGUGAAAAGUUUAAAAAAAUCAUAAAAAAAUGCUGGUGCUGGAUAGUAACUUUAAAAAAAUUUAAGUUAUUAAAGGUGGUACUACAACACUACCAUGAUGUUAAAAGGCCUUUAUCUGCACUUUGUGCAAAAUGUCUUUUAAUCAACAUAAUAUUGUAAAAAAUAUCCAAUUGUCCUAAAAACAGAUUUAUUUGAUUUGGGGGUGAAAAUGAUACCAGGCUACUGCAUAUUUUCGUGUUAUGUUAGUGUUUAGUUCCCAUAAUUUGUCCAACCACCACCAUGUGAUUUAACAUGUAUUAUAAUCAAAGUAAACAUGCACAUUAAAUGAAAAGAAAAAACCUGUUUAUAUUUGUGGUUUUGUGCGUGUAGUAUUUAAUAUUAGGCCGACUGUAUCCGGCAUAAUCGAAAACGUACCGCAAUCACAGAUUUAUUGUAGACUGAACACAUCAGUCUGUGUAAACGCUAAUACUCGAUCUACGUGUCAUGACAAAAUAGUAAAACGGUAAAUAUAUCGAUCUUCCCCACCGCAAUUUAGCACCAGCCCUGCAUGAAACUGUUUGACAUCUCUAUUUAUAUGCUAACUGUAUCUGAUCUGUAUAAUCUUAUUUAUUUAUAUAUAAUGUGUCCCUCGUGACGGGGGCCGCAGUGGGCCAGCAAGUGCAAUAUUUCUAAACCCUCUCUUGUACAUAGAUGUGUGUGUGUGUGUGUAUGUGAAUGAAUGACACGUGAGGUUGAAUCUUGUAUUUUUGUGUGUGUAGAGGAUGUUAAUAAGCAUCUUUUUUGUGCCAUGCUGAUUUUGCACUAUAUAGAUAUAUUCAGAUGAGCGUUCUGCCUCGCCCCAGUGAUUAAACUUGAUUUGUGUUAUGUUAGGCAAGAUAUGGAGUGUGUGUGUGUGUGUGUUUGUGUAUAUACUAAUUGUGAAGAAAAGUAUGUGAUGUCACCAAGUACUUUUUGUAGUUUUUCUUUGUGUGUGUAUGUACAUCCCACUUAAUUAAAGCAUGUAUAGGGCUAUAAUAUACUCUGACUGCAGGUCCGUCUGUAGUUUGGAGUAUUCAGUCGUUUUAUUUUUAGGUUUACAGCAUGCAUAAAACAGCUGAUUUUGUUUUUGUAAAUGUAAUUGUGGAAAUGUUUGAAUGGAUGUACUAUAACAUGAUACCAUGGUCUAUAUUGUUAUGAAUGGCCUCCAUAUUCAUGUACCAUAGUACUUCAAAAAUGAUUAUGGGUGGGUGCAUUCCUCACAUAUAGCAAAUUUAACAUUUCCAGUUCCCAAAUCAUUUGAGAAAGACAACAUUUUGGUGUUUAGUUGAGUUUAUUUAAAAUCUUAGUCUAUAAUAGAAAUGUUACAGUGCAUUAUGUCCUCUGCUGGAUUUUAAAUGAAGGAUUUAGAGCUGUAUGUGCAAAGAUGUACUGUUAAAAAUACCAAUAAAUAUGACUAUUGUGUUGAUACUCAAGUGUAAUGCUAUCACAAGUCAUAUUACUGCUUACCUUUCUGUUGUGGGUGAAAAUGUUAAGAUUUCGAGAUGAUACAACUCAAUGAUUUUUGUAUUUAUUAGAAACAUGUUUAACCUGUUAAUUAUAGGUUAGUCUUUCAAUGCCCAAAAAUCUAAUAAACUAUAAUUCAUAUGA